AUGCCCAAGUCCAAGCGCGCGAAGGUUGUACAUCUUACCAAGACCGACAAGAAAGGCAAGGAGCUCUCCUUGAAGCUCUUUGCCAAUGUCCAGGAAGCGGCGGACAACUUCGAGCACAUCUUCGUUUUCGCAGUAGAGAAUAUGCGCAAUUCGUACCUCAAGGAAGUGCGCGCUGAGUUUGCAGACAGCAGAUUCUUCUUCGGCAAGACCAAAGUCAUGGCCAAGGCGCUCGGCCAGACACCAGCAGAGGAGCACCUCACCAAUCUUUCACAGCUCACUGAACACCUCAACGGCAACGUAGGCCUCCUUUUCACAAACCGUGAGCCCAGCGAGAUCAUCGAAUACUUUGCCAACUACUCCCAAACCGACUUUGCGCGUGCCGGUGUCGUCGCUACACAGACCUUCACUGUACCCGCUGGAGUCGUUUACUCAAGAGGUGGAGAGCUGCCCGAGGAAGACGACGUACCGCUACCGCACAGUAUGGAAACCACCAUCAGGAAAUGGGGUAUGCCAACGAGGCUCGACAAGGGCAAGAUCAUUCUGGAUGCUCCAUACACGAUUGCCGAAGAGGGAAAGCCUAUGAACAGUCACCAGACUGCCCUGCUCAAGUUGUUCGGUGUGGCUAUGGCCGACUUCAAGAUUGACCUCAAGGCCUACUACUCGAAGGCGACAGAGUCGGUAACAGAGGUCGGAGCCAUGGAGGAAUAA